GCCUCUAUUACCUAGUUCUCGACCAUAAUAUUACUGUAAAGAUUCCAAUCCGACCCUUUCUACCGCGCCCACAGUGACACAUCGUUACGUGAUUGGAGCCCCAAACUGUCUACUCGAGCUGCGAUGUCUCUCCCCAGCCAUUUCCCACUGAAAGUUGCUGAAGGCAACACCAUUCUAAUCCCAUCAGUGGGAUAUGGAACAUGGGCAUCAGGCUCCAAAAGCUGGUGUAAAGACGCCACCCUAGCUGCUCUCAAAGCUGGCUAUCGCCACCUCGACUGUGCGUGGAUGUAUGGGGUAUGACUUCCCCCCAUUCACACUCAUACGCUACACAUCGACCAGUUCCACUUACUUAUCCCUGCAAAGGUCGAUGAACAAAUCGGCGAAGCCAUUCGCGAAUCUGGAAUCCCCCGCUCCGAGAUCUUCAUCACCACAAAGUUCUGGCCUCAUUUCGCAGCUCCAGAAUAUGUGGAGCUGUGUCUAGACCAAUGCUUACGAAAUAUGGGACUUGAUUACAUUGAUCUAUUCCUCGCUCAUUGGCCAUUUGCAUUUAAACCGAUAUCGCAUGACGCGCUGAAAAAUGCUAAAGCCAAUGGGUCGAACGAAGAAAAGGGCAUUCUGGAGGAUCCUAAGACAGGGAAACGAGUCAUUGAUUGGGAGCAUACUUCGGCGAAUAUUGCCCAAAAGGCUGGCCAUGAAGGGAGUUUUGUCCCUACCUGGCUAGCACUCAAAGCUCUCGUCGGCACUGGCAAGACAAGAGCUGUUGGGGUAUCUAAUUUCUCUAUCGCUGAUUUGAAAGAUAUCCUUCCCUAUGCAACUGACGUGCCUAUAUCCUGCAACCAGGUCGAAGUCCACCCAUGGCUGCCCAAUAAUGAAUUAAUCGAUUUCAUGAAAGAACAUGAUAUCCUUGCGACAUGUUAUUCUCCUUUUGCCGGACAGAAGGAAGACGGAGCGACGUUGCUCAAAGACCCAGUGGUGAAGCAGCUGGCGGAGAAGAAUGGAAUGGAUGUGGGCCAGCUACUGCAGAGCUGGGCGGUACAGAGAGGGACUGUACCUCUGGGUAAAAGUCAAACAGAAUCCCGCAUCAAGUCCAACCUCGACGUGAAGAAGUUGUCUGAGGAAGAUAUGCAAAUCCUGUCUGGUAUGGGCGUUGCAGAUGGUAAAGGCAGGACAGUUGAUCCCAGAGAAGAUCUGGGACUUUCUCUCUACGAGAACUGAUAGAGUAGCCAUGAGUUUACAAGCUUGGUUGUUCUCGAUGACCUAAACAGUAUCAGAUAUGUGAGGUACAUGCUGUGCUCAUCGUGAGAUCUUCCCUUCCUAAGCCGUCACAUCAUGGGGCAUUAUGCGAAUGAGU